AUGGCUGUGAUCGAGGAAGUAAAUGAAGCCGGGACUUCGGAAACAACCUUAGAAUCCUUGGGCAAUGAACCACAUGGGUAAGUUGAAUUCCUGGCUAUGUAUGCUGAUUGUUUAGGCCGGUAAACACGGACGAAGUGCCAUAUCCACUUGACAUUAUUGUAAAGAACAUUGAAAAGGUAGUAGCCAAUCGAGAAGAUGAUAGUAGUGACGAUGAAGGACCGGCAAGGGAAGUAAACUAUGCCCUUCAGAUGCAGGGGUUUAACGUUGUUGAGAAAGGUGUGCAUUCCAUUUGAUUUUCUUGGUUUAGAUAUCAUGUACAAUAUUAUUGGUCUGUCUGCACGUCGUUUGCAUCCAUUAAAAUGUUGGUAUUCCAGAGAAUGGAGCAGAUUGUGUCUUCUUGACGUGCGAUGCGGAAAAUCGGACGGGUAAUGGUGAUCCUCAACCAGCAGAAACAAAAGGAGGUAAAGCAAAGUUCAAGAAAGGACACAGACGAGCAUUUUCAAUGCCAAACGCCCAUCAUCGGGACAAAGCACUACUUGUAGUUGCAGAAAACGACUUCCGAGUGAGUUUUUAUGGCAUUUUCUCAAGUUUUAUACCAAAAACUUUUCUGGAAAAAGAGCUCUUCGCUAAAACGGAUUUAUUCAAAAGUUUCGCACUUUCGGGACUGGUUGAUUAAGGCGUCUGUUUUAGCAAGAAGGUACGCAUCGACGGCAUCUGGUACGGUACAGGCUCCACCCGUACCAUCAACAAAACGAGGCCGCUAUAAAUCGGUUUAUCGAGACGACGAAUCUCAAUCUUAACGUCGAAGAUGAUAUUGAGGUGAGUCUUCAAGUUUGUUGUUUAAUUUGAGGUUUAGAACGUAGCUGAAUGGUUCUGCAGUCUUAGAGAAGCCAUUUUAUGUUGAUUGGAAUCGGGUUUUAUUCCUAGAAUGUCAAGUAAAUUAUCCAUGUUACAGGUGGAAUACGACGAGGAAGAAAUCAACGUGACAGAUGAGGAUCCGGGACGAACAAGGUUCCGGAUUGCCAGGCGGAUAUGGGAAGCUCGGUGGAAGGUGCAGGACUUUCAUCUUCUACCAGAAUGGCUUCAAGACAACGAGUUUCUUCAUUCCGGCCAUCGACCUCCUCUUCCGAGUUUUACCUCUUGCUUCAAAUCGAUCUUCCAACUGCAUACUGAGACGGGUAACAUAUGGACACAUCUUUACGGAUGUGUGGCAUUUAUUGGAGUAGCGGCGUACUUUCUGACUAGACCGAAUGAUAUGAUAAAUUGGCGCGAUAAAUUGGUGUUCUCCAAUUUUUUCGCUGGUGCCAUCUUCUGUCUCGGCCUCUCCUUUUCUUUUCAUACUGUGCAAUGCCAUUCGCAAGGAGUCGGAAAACUGUUUAGCAAGUAAGUGUGUCCUUUUUUACUUUUGAAAUUAAUGUAUUUGUUAUGUUUAUCUCAUUUACAGACUUGAUUAUUCCGGAAUUACAAUGCUCAUUGUUGGAUCAUUUGUUCCAUGGAUUUACUACAGUUUCUAUUGCCGAACAAUACCUAAAGUUAUUUACAUUGGAAUGAUUGUGAUCCUAGGAACUGCAGCCCUCGUCGUAUCCUUGUGGGACAAGUUUUCAGAACCUAAAUUCAGGGCGUUGAGAGCGAUUGUGUUCGUGUUAAUGGGAUUGAGCAGUAAGUUUUUGAUGUCUCCCAGGCAUUUUCGUUACAUUGGAAAGAUAGGGAUUUGUUUUUUAAAAGGUAAAUUACCGUAAUUUCUUUAGGUUUUGCGCCAGUAACACAUCUUUUUAUCACGGACGGCUUUGAUUACUUGGUACAGAAUGCUUCACUCCAAUGGAUAGUACUAAUGGGCGUCUUCUAUCUGGUCGGAGCUGCCAUCUAUGCCUUCAGAUUCCCCGAGAGAUUCUGCCCCGGGCGAUGUGAUCUCUUCUGUCAUUCGCAUCAGCUUUUCCACAUUUUUGUGAUCAUCGCCGCCUUCGUACACUUCCAUGGGAUCAGCGAAUUGGCCAUGAAACAACUGGGACUGGGUUCUUGCCGGGAACAACUAAUAUCGAGGUUCGGAAAGGAGCAACCCUCCAGCUUCUUGGAUGAAUGGUUCAUGCCAUCUUAG